AUGGAAGCGGGCGAGGAUGAGAAGCGAGUUUUGGCUCAGUUCAAGAGCGAGGACGGCGUGUUGGUGGGCACGCCGUUCGACCUCCCUCUGGGUGUCACCAAAGACUCCCUGGCGGCUCUGUGCACCGCCGUCCUAGAAAACGAUGAUGAGACGGUGUAUGAGUUCUACGUGCACGAGCUGGAGGUGCGGGAGAGUCUGGCUGAGGUGUUGGAGAGGGGCAGUGGAGGGACGGAGAGGUUGGUGGAGAUUGUCUACCAGCCUCAGGCCAGGUUCAGAGUCCAGUCCAUCACCCACUGUACCAGCAGCAUACCAGGUCAUUCGGAGGCUGUGAUUGCUGUUCAGUUUAGUCCUGAUGGACGGUCUCUUGCCAGUGGGCUCUGGAGACCACAACGGCUGAGACUGUGGGACAUAUUCACCGAGACCCCCACUGCACACCUGCAAGGCCCACAAACACUGGAUACUGUGCAUUGCGUGGUCGCCGGACGGGAAGAGACUGGACUCUGGCUGCAAGAAUGGACAGGUGUGUGUGUGGGAGGCAGAGACAGGGAGACAGGUGGGACACACCUCUCUCGGUCACAAACAGUGGAUCACCUCUCUCGCCUGGCAGCCCCUUCAUUUGGACCAUCUUGUAGACUGCUGGCCAGUGCGCUCAAAGGAUGCGACAGUGAGGAUAUGGGACGUGGUGCUGUGUAA